GUCGCCCUCGCCGCCAUGGCCAACAUACUCGCACUCCCGACACUCACUCACAAUGCCGAAGACCACCAUCGACAACUCCCCCGCUACGCUCAUCCGCCUCCGCACUGCCAUCCAGCAAUACCCAUGGGGCAAGCAGGGCUCCGCCUCCCUCGCUGCUCGUCUGGCGAAGAACAGCGUCGGGCCGGACUUCGCAGUCGACGAGAGCGAGAACUACGCUGAGAUCUGGAUGGGCACCCACCCCAACGGCCCCUCGCAUCUCUACGACUCCCCCGACACGUCCCUCCACUCCAUAGUCAUCUCCAACCCUACCGUACACCUUCCUCCCUCUUCCACCGCCCAGACGCAGUCCAAAGUCCCCGUGCCCGCAACCGCCUCCGACUCGCCCUCCGGCGGCGGCGGCGGGACGCACCUCCCCUUCCUCUUCAAGAUUCUCUCCAUACAAAAAGCGCUACCCCUCCAGGCCCACCCCGACAAGGGCCUUGGCGCGCAGCUCCGCAAACAGCACCCCGACCUCUCCCCGGACGCGAACCACAAGCCCGAGAUCGCGGUCGCCAUCGGAGCGCCGCUCGAGGACGCGCGCGAAGGCGAGAGUUUCACCGGCUUCGUAGGGUUCAGACCUCUCGAGGACGUCGCGGCGAGCUUUCGAGACGUGCCGGAGCUGAGGCAGGCUGUUGGCGACGACCGGGCCGUUGAUGGGUUCGUGCGUGAGCCGACGCGCGAGGGGCUGAAGCGUGUUUGGGGCGCGUUGCUGAAGAGGGGCCCGAGUGGGGAGGUCAAGCCUUUCGUGGCGAAGCUGGCUGAGCGCGUGCGGGCGGGCAAUACGAGCGGCUUGUCCGAGGAGCAGGCAUGGCUGGUCAACAAAGUCUCGAAGCAAUAUCCAGGCGAUGUGGGAGCGCUCGCGACAACGUUCUUCAUGAACUUCGCAAAACUCAAGAAGGGAGAAGCGCUCUGGAUAGGUGCAGACGAGGUGCACGCGUACCUCGAAGGAGACAUCAUCGAAUGCAUGGCCAUCUCGGACAACGUCCUCAACGCCGCCUUCUCCCCGCCCUCCGAACUCGCCGCACAGAUCCCCAUCUUCGUCGACAUGCUCACGUACACCGCGCGCCCCGCCGGGCACUGGGCGCUCCCGGCGACGCGGUACGCGCACGGGCUGCACGGGCGCACGACGGCGUACGAUCCGCCGCUCGACGAGUUUGCGGUGCUCGGGACGGCGCUUGGCAAGGGUGCUGCGAAGGAGGUGCUCAAGGUGCGCGGGCCGCUUGUGGGGAUUGUGACGAAGGGCAAGGUGGCGGUGCGGAGUGGUGGGGAGGAGAUGCUGCUGGGAGAGGGCGGGGUGGUGUAUGUCGUGCAUGGAGGAGCGGGUGAGCGAGCUGUUGAGGUCGAGCUGCGGGAGGGCGGUGCGGACGGAGACGGCGAGGUCUGGUGGGCGGUGUGUGAGUAA